GAGCGGCCGGUGCGGUCCGCUGGAUGAAAGGCCGACAAGCUGCGUGUGUUUUUGCGCACGAACUGUUGUGCAUCUGGUGUCUGUUCAUCCAGUCACACAUCGGUUGUUUUGGGGGUGAACACAGUCAUGUGGCUGGCUGACGGGGGACGCAGCAGGGUUAACAUGCAUGUUCAGACAUUUCUGUAAGAGUGCAUGAACGCAGCAAAACGGGCACAUUUUGCAUCAUAUGCAAGACGUGCAGCAUGUCGGCUUUGACACACUGGAGCUGUUUGAACGAAUCUGUGGUUAUUUCUGCAGUUUGGAAGAUGAGAAGCCUCGUGUGGCCUCAGUGCGAGCUUUGUGGAUUGCACCAGCAGCCAGAGGACCAAACUGUCGGGAAAUCCAGUGACAAAAUGCCAGAAAAACCAUUACGAUCCUUCAGCCUCUGAAUCAUGGGAAAUGUUGAGAGCCAGAACGGAGACAAUGCCCUCUACGGGAAUGGACGUGGCUAUUUGUCACGGAAGCACAUGUCUCGGUCUCUUCGCAUCUCCAACAAGCAAUCCAGACGAUCUCGCCAUGCUUCAUCAGGGAAAAUAGAGCACAGAAACUCUGAGACGAGCACACGCUCAAGCAGCACUCCCAGCAUCCCACAGUCCCUGGCUGACAAUGGCCUGGAGCCUUUCAAUGAGACAAAUAUCCUCCCAGACUUUGGAAGUCCCAUUUGGGUGGACCGUGUGGCCAUGAAUCUGCGACCUGUGUCCUUUCACAAUGACCUAGCCAAUCCCUCAGUGCACAUGAACAUGAUGCACAUAACCCUGCCUGGUCCCACGGCAGAAGAGGUGCAGGAUGAAGAUGUGUACACAAAUGAGGUGAAGUACCUCCAGAAAACUCGGGAAUGCUCCAAGGAGACCGUCAGCUUCAAGAAGAGGUCUAAAUCUGCAGACAUGUGGCGAGAUGACAGCCUGGAGUUCUCCCUGUCUGAUGUCAGUCAAGAUCACUUGACCAGCACAGAGGAGAUCAUAGACAUGGGCAACGAGAGGGAUUUUACUGACUGUGAAGGCCACCUGCAGUCCAGCCCCACAGACUCUGCUGACAGGGCGAACUCGCUGGAUGAGCUGUACAGCCAGGCAAGUCCGACCCACAGGCAGCCCCAUGGCCGCUAUGCCAAGUGGCACGAUACCAACAGGGCUAUCAGGGAGGGUGAGGAUGAUAAGAUGCUCUCCCCGUCAGAGGAGGAUGGGAACACCUAUGGUGCGUACACCCUUCCCUGCAGGCGUUCCCAUUGCCUGUCUGAAGGCCUGAGCAGCCACCAAGCUGCAAUGUGUGCCAGCAUGCAAGGCAGGAGGGCACAGACUAUACAGGAUGUCACAGCAGGGGAGGGCAGCGAAUAUGAGGACAGCGGCAUUGACGGGGUGACAGUGGAGGCAGAGCACCAAUCUCGACGCUACAAGACCAUGUCAGCCUCCUUCUCCGUGUGCUCAGUGCAUGGCAGGAACAUGUUUGCUGGCAGUGACAGCGGCAGCAGCAGUGGUGGCGGGGCCAGCGAGUGUGUACAGGGUGUGUACGAGAACUUUCGUCAGGAACUACAGAUGAGCUCCUGCCAGACGGAGAGCUUGGAGGAGGCUGGGUCUGCCCUGAGUGAUGAGCAGAGCACCAUGAGCUCCGCCUACCAGUCUGACCUGUUGCUCAGCGUUGUCCAGGGGAUGGUGCGCAAAGCAGGCAAACUUGCUGUCAAGAACUUCCUCGUACAUAAGAAGAACAAGAAAGUGGAGUCAGCCACAAGGCGCAAGUGGAAGAGUUACUGGGUUUCCCUGAAAGGUUGCACUCUGUUCUUUUAUGAGACGGAUGGCCGCUCAGGGAUUGACAACAACAGCAUUCCCAAGCAUGCCAUCUGGGUAGAGAGCAGUAUUGUCCAGGCUGUACCAGAACAUCCCAAAAAAGACUUUGUGUUCUGCCUCAGCAAUUCUCUAGGAGAUGCUUUUCUGUUCCAGACCUGCAGCCAGACAGAGUUGGAGAACUGGAUCACCGCCAUCCAUUCAGCAUGUGCCACUGCCGUCGCCCGCCAGCAUCACAGAGAGGACACAGUGCGGCUACUUCGUGCGGAGAUCAAGAAGCUGGAGCAAAAAAUCGACAUGGACGAGAAGAUGAAAAAGAUGGGAGACAUGCAACUGUCUGCUGUCACUGACACCAAGAAGAGGAAGACGAUCCUGGAUCAAAUAUUCUUGUGGGAGCAGAACCUGGAGCAGUUUCACAUGGAUCUGUUUCGCUUCAGGUGCUACCUGGCCAGCCUGCAAGGAGGAGAACUGCCCAAUCCCAAACGGCUUCUGGCCUUCGCCUCUCGCCCCACCAAGCUGGCAAUGGGCCGACUGGGUAUAUUCUCAGUCUCUUCCUUCCAUGCACUGGUGGCAGCUCGAACAGAGACCGGAGUGAGACGGCGAACACAGGCUAUGUCUCGUUCCUGCAGCAAGCGCAAAAGCAGGUUCUCUUCCCUCUGGGGUUUGGACACUACCUCAAAGAAAAAGACAAAAGCCCACCCCACUGUCAGUCAGGUCUUUGCUGAUGGUGAAGAGCCAGUGAAAAAGCCCAUAGAUGGCAUAUAUGUUGAUCCUGCAAAAGAAAAUGCUAAAAGCGAGGAGGGAACUGUGAAAAGCCUUCCACGGCCCAGUACAGAGAAUGACAUCUGGGUGCCUGACCACCUCACUCCCUCGUGGGUGUGUCUGCCAAAUGACCAGCCUGUGCUCGCCAUCAUCCAGCCAGGGGAGUCUGCACUGUGCGUUCUUGAAACUAUUUGCAAGGCUCAUCAACUCGAUCCCACCAAACACUACUUGCGACUCAAAUUCCUGAUCGAAAACCAAGUGCAAUUCUACAUUCCCAAACCAGAGGAGGAUGUAUGUGACCUGCUUUACAAAGAAAUUGAGCUCUGCUCAAAAAUGACAAAAGUAAUCCAGUUCGACAGAGAUGAAUCCUGCAUGAUUGGUUAUGGUUUCUCAAUUUCAGUGGUGGAGGAAGAUGGAGUACAGCAACUCUACAUCACUGAUGUGAAGGCAGGAGGAUUAGCCUUUGCAAAAGGUCUAAAUGCGGGGGAUGAAAUACUUCAGCUGAAUGGAAAAGACUCUCACAGUCUCAAUUUCUCUGACAUGAAGGCAGCAUUCUCCCAAGCGUCGCUGGCUUUGACCGUCAACACCCUGCCUUCUGUGGACCGCCGUCAGCUCUGCUACCUGCCGCCUCGCCGCUCAGACGCAGAGGAAGAUCUCUACACGGAUAUCUUCUCCCAGAGUCAAGAGGAAAUACUGGAUGAUGGCGUGGGACUGUUGCUAGAGAGCUCCGGAGACAGCUUGGAUGACGACUCAGAAAUCUUCAGCGAGUUUGAUGACUGCAGAAAGAGUACAGAGCAGGUCGCUGCUUUCUGCCGCAGUCUCCAUGAUAUGAAUCCUGUGGAGUGCGUGUCCUCUUCGCCUAGCCCGGACUCACCCUUUCCACCUCCUGCAACACUCCGACAGCUCUCCGAUGCUGACAAGCUCCGCAAGGUCAUCUGUGAACUUGUGGAGACUGAACGCACCUAUGUCAAAGAUCUCAAUUGCCUCAUUGGGAGAUAUUUAACCCCAUUGCAGAAAGAGACCUUUCUCACUCAGGAUGAGCUGGAUGUACUGUUUGGUAAUUUGCCGGAAAUGGUGGAGUUCCAAGUUGAGUUUCUUAAGACCCUGGAAGAUGGAACAAGACUGGUUCCAGAUCUGGAGAAACUGGAGAGUGUGGAUCAGUUUAAGAAAAUCCUCUUCUCCCUGGGAGGCUCUUUCCUGUACUAUGCAGAUCGUUUUAAAAUCUACAGCGCCUUCUGCGCCAGCCACACCAAAGUCCCUAAGGUCCUCGUAAAGGCCAAGACUGACCCCGAUUUCAAGGCCUUCCUGGAUGAGCGGAACCCGAAGCAGCAGCACUCUUCCACCCUGGAAUCGUACCUAAUCAAACCUAUACAGAGGGUGCUCAAAUAUCCCCUCCUGCUGAAGGAGCUGUACUCACUCACAGACCCAGACAGCGAGGAACACUACCACCUGGACGUUGCCAUGAAAGCCAUGAACAAGGUUGCUAGCCACAUCAAUGAGAUGCAGAAGAUCCAUGAGGAGUUUGGAGCAGUGUUUGAUCAGCUCAUCACUGAGCAGAGCAGUGAAAAGAAGGAGGUUGCUGAUCUGUCAAUGGGUGACCUGCUACUUCACAACACUGUGACAUGGAUCAACCCACCGGCCUCCUUAGGAAAAUGGAAGAAAGAACCCCAGAUAGCUACAUUUGUGUUCAAAACAGCAGUCGUCUUCGUAUGCAAGGAAGGAUCCAAGCAGAAGAAGAAAAUGGGUGGCUCUCACAGAGUCUCUAUAUCUUCAGAAGAAAAAGACCCUUUCCGAUUCCGUCACAUGAUCCCAACUGAUGCCCUUCAAGUCCGAUCGUUAGCCAAUGCAGAUGGUGAGGGCUCUGCUGUGUGUGAGAUCGUCCACACAAAAUCGGAGUCAGAAGGAAGGCCAGAGAGGUCAUUUCAUCUGUGCUGUAGCUCUCCGGAGAGCAGAAAAGACUUUCUGAAGACAGUCCACUCCAUCUUGAGGGAAAAGCACCGCAGGCAGCUCCUGAAAACGGAGAGUUUACCUCUCAACCAGCAGUAUGUACCCUUUGGAGGAAAACGACUAUGUGCCCUGAAGGGAGCCCGCCCUGCCAUAAAUAGAGCAGCAUCUGCCCCAACCAGGACUCUCGGCAGAAGGAAGUUGGUGCGCAACCGCUUCACCAUAGAUACCGAUAUUGUUUUUGACGGGGAGCCGGAACAGCAGGACCUCGCUUCACCACAGGAGCCUGACUUAAAAAGGCCACAGCAGGAAGAUGAACCCGAUCAGCAUCAGCAGUCUGAGUUAGCAGGUGAUACAGACCGCUGGGUGGAAGAACAGUUCGACCUAGAAGAAUAUGAAGAUCAGGAAGAGAUGAAGGAGACAGACAUCCUUAGUGACGAGGAUGAUGAGCUCUGUCAGACACCCAGAGCUCCAUCCACUGAGGCUGACCUGGAGGACCCCAUCAUGGCUUUGUCAUUGGAAGGUGCAGAAACCGAAGAGGAUGAGAGCAUGAAGUCCCCAGGAGUCAGUGAGACGCCUGCAGAUGUGAAGCCAUCUGACAAGGAACAUCAAAAUCAAACGGAGAAAGAUGAGAUCUGGGUACGAAGAGAGCAAUCAGGUUCAUCCCCAGACUCUGCCACAUAAAAGCCAGUGAGAACAGGCAGACAGCAAGUGUCUUAGACAGCUUUACAAGGGUUCCUUACAGAUCAGUCAUCAUAAGCAGUGCAUGAGCAUUGAUGUCUAUCGCACAGCUAGUAGAAGAUAUAUCCUUCUUUACCUUACUUAUGCUGAAUGCUUUUUGUACAGGUAAGAUCAUUAGUGGAGCAAUACAGGGAUCCAGAAUGAGGGAGCUUUAUCCCAAAUCAAAUGCUGUUACAUAGUCGAGUGUAAGCUUUGAGAGAUGAACUAAUGGUACAAUCAUGGAAUCUAAUCAGUUGCUUUGAUUGGCAUGGUUUGCACAUUUGGGCAGCAUUCUAUAGUCCUGCCUGCUGUUGCCAAAUUUGGGUAUUGUGAGAACAUUAAUAUUUGUUUUGUCUGUGUGACUCAGAGUUAUUAUCAUAGUUAAGGGCUGUAUAUUAUUUGUCCUUAAAGAAGUAGAAUAAUUAAUUGCAAAGGACAGUCUUGUCUUACAUAGUUUACUGUACUUGUACAUUUUCACAUGAAUAUACACAGACAUGUUUGGGGAACAGAUUUCCUUAUUAUGUAAUAUGUAUAUAAUUUUGAUCUUUUGAUUUACAGACUAAAAGCUAUCUUAUAGUCUGGAAGAUGUUUUGUUGUUUUUACUUGUUACUUUUAAUAUUGAAAUUAUGUAAUAGCCCCUCUGUCACAAAUAUAAGGGGAGUUGGCUUUGUUUUAAUUUAACAUAAUCCUGUUUUACUUGAACUUGUAUUUGCUGUUUUAUGUGUCUUAUUAUUUACUGUGAAACCAUUUUGUCGAGUUAUACCUUUUUGCUCUUUAGUAUUGCCACUCAAACAUAUUCCUUCUUAACAGUUCACAUGCUCACUCUGUAUUGUAGAUAAUUUACACACCAGCUAUUUUAGAAAGUCUUGUGUGUUCAAAAAGAUUGUUCACUGGUAUUGAAUUACAAAGCAAUGUUGUUUUAUUUAUUCAUGUGUAAAUUAAUUUGUUAGCAACAUACGUAAUCCUUUUUUUUUUCCACAAAGAAAGUCCAAAUUUGCUCAAGCAAUCAAGGGGAAAGACUUGCAGUAUGCCUGAACAGUGAAAGAAGUCAUGCUUGUAAACAACUCAUUGUGCUACUAAGACUGCAUUUUUAUUACUGUGUGUAUAUAGAAAAUGUAUUGAUAUCAUAAUAAAUACAGUUGUUUCCUACUUAUAAUUCAAAA